AUGCAGAAGAAACAGUGUGAAUAUGCAGAUGUGCAUGGAGAAAAGAAGAACCGAAGGAAGGACUCCCUCUCCUUCGGGAGGGACCUGCUGGCCAGCGGCGUGGUGGCCGCUGUCUCCAAGAUGGCGGUGGCGCCUGUGGAGCAGGUGGAGCUGCUGCUGCAGGUGCAGGCCUUGUCCAAGCAGAUCUCGGCAGACCAGCGGUACAAGGGCAUGGUGGACUGCUUCGUGCGCAUCCCCGGGGAGCAAGGAUUUUUCAGCUUUUGGCAUGGCAAUUUGGCAAAUGUUAUACAGUAUUUCCCAACACAGGCUCUAAACUUUGCUUUUCAGGACAAAUACAAACAGAUUUUUACGUCCAAAGUGGAUGAAGAAAAACAGUUCUGGAAAUGGUUUUUGGCAAAGCUGGCUUCUGGUGGAGCAGCAGGAGCAACAUCCAUGUGUGUGGUAUACCCGUUAGACUUCACAUGAACUAAUUUAGCUGCUGGUAUUGGGAAAGGUGCUGCUGAGCGACAGUUCCAGGGACUUGGUGACUGUAUUAUUAAAAUUGCAAAAGCAGAUAGACUUACUGGCCUGUACCAGGGUUUUGGCAUUUCCAUAAAGGGAAUCAUUGUAUACCAAGCCUCCCGUUUUGGGUGUUAUGACACCAUUAAGGGAUUAUUGCCAAAUCCAAAGCAAACUCCAUUCAUUGUUUCCUUUUUUGUUGCUCAAGUUGUGAUUACUUGCUCAGGAAUGCUGUCUUACCCUUUUGACGCUGUCAGGAGACACAGGAUGAUGCAUGCAGGUACCACUGAACGUCAGUCUAAAGGAACCAUUGACUGCUUUAUGAAAGUAUACAAUCGAGAGGGGCUUAGUGCUUUCUUCUGCGAAGCAUUCUCCAACAUCCUUUGUGGAACAGGAGGUGCCUUAGAGCUAGUUCUUUAUGACAAAAUUAAGGACUUUUUAAUCUUGAUGUUUCAGAGAGUUCAGGAUCUGAUUAAAAUAGUGAGUGGACAUCUAUCGUUUGUACAGUGUUCAUGA